AUGACGAACCCAAACGACAGGCGACUUGCCUUCAAGUUACCGCCAACAAAGCUUUCACAAGAGGCACGGAGAGCCAAGGCUCUGGAGGAACAGAAACGCAGGAGAGCUCAGAGAUUUGACUCUUCACGACAAUUGGAUCUCUUCGCAAACCUUAAUAUCAACGACGAUUCCGAUUCCGAUGAUGAGAUUCUAGGGGAGGGAGAAACUAAAACCGUUGCUGCACCCUCAGCAGUAGGACCCUAUGUCGCGAUGCUCAAAGCCGGAGACCCCGCAGACAACCCUUUAAACUUUUCGGAAUCGCCUGUCCCGCCUGUCGAAGCAGCACCUGAUGUUGGGCCACCCACAGAAAAGAAGAAGCGCCGCAGGAGGAACAAGAAGAGGAACAACAAUUACAACAAACCCUCGAAAUGGGCCGACCAAUGCAUGUACGCGGAGCUUCUCGAGAUGACGGCCGACGAGCAUUUGUGGGCAUCGGGUCAAGAUGGUCUUCCCCAAGAUCUGGAGACGGGAUGGGUAGCAGUGGCGCCUGUCCCGGUUGGCAAGAGAUGUCUGGUCGUAACACAUCAAUCACCAGGACUUGGAGGUGUGGUCCCGAAUACAACCCUUCGGUCCCGGCUUCUUGGGAAGUCGCUCAUUCCGCGCUUUCCAUCUCCUCUCCCUGCCCUUACCGUUCUGGAUUGCAUCUUAGACGCUAACUGGAGAGAUAACGGUAUCAUUCAUGUUCUGGACGUGAUUCGAUGGAAAGGACAAGAUGUAGGAGAUUGCGAAGCGCCGUUUAGGUUCUGGUGGAGAGACACAAGGCUGGCUGAAAUCUCACGGACAUUGCCUCCAACCGUGAAGUUCCUUUCCAAAAAGCCGAAACACGGAACCGCAACGGACUCAAGCCAGUCGAAUCGUUACCAAUUUCCUCAUCCCACCUAUUUUUUGCCCAUACCAUAUCACACGGACACAUCGCUGUUGUCGCUCCAAAACCAGGUCAUCCCGGCUGCCCUCUCCACAAGAACUGUAACUGUCGAUGCUCCGUUAUCUAUCCAGCCCCUGCAUGAACACGCAGGCCGUGAUCAUGAAUUCAACUUCAGCAUGGAUGUGGAGGGACCCCCAAACAGCUCACCGGCUUCAAGUUUCACCUUUGCCCCAUCGUCGGCCUCGUCCGUCACACUGUCCCCGGCACCUGCGUUAAUUCAAUCUGACGGAAUGCUUCUCUAUGUCGCCGAAGCCAGCUACGAGCCAGGGACAAGCCCAUUGAGUAGCUGGGUGCCCAUAUCAAGUGUUCAGGGAGACAUGGACACGGACAGUUCAUCUACAACUGAUAGUCCCCUGGAACUAUUCCAAAAGCUGGUCAAGAGGAGAUUAGAUCGCGGGUCAUGUCCACCCAAUCUGAACGUUGAAGCGCAAGAUCCAGGGGCUGAUAUUUCGAUGGACCUGUGA